GGUCGAUCUUUGCCUAUAUCUAGAUUGGCUGCUUUCAAACAUCGAGUUCUCCCACGUCUUCGUCGUGGCCUAGAUCAACGUGUGCUGAUCUAUGUUCCCGAGUUUUACGAUCUCGAGGAGCUACGAUUACUUUUUAAAACUGAAUCUUUGGAUUUCUGCUAUAUCAAUGAGUAA